ACCUCAUUUUACAACUCUUCCAAUUAAAUCACUUGAACCAUCUACUAGAGUUUUUACGAAUUGGAAAAUUAAGAAGCAAUUCGAAAAUAAUGUUUAUGGUGUAACGAUGUUUGGAAAAAAAACAAAUGCAAAACGUCACUUUUAUAUACAUCCUGAAUUACGAGAAAAUGAUUUAAUGUUACAAGUUUCUAAAUCAAUUUCUUGA